AUGGUUGAUGACCCACAUCAGGCAGGAAGGCCCUCUGAGGAGGAGGAGCUGAUCUUCAUCACUGCUACCAAGGAGCAAGUGAAGAGCAGAAAAAGCAACAAUCAGAGGAAAAUUCCACACAACAUGAAAUCUGAUCAGUACUUCCUGCCUGGAAGCAGCUUCGGAGACAGAGCCGCUCAGCAGUCCGCUCCAGGUCCGCUGGGUUCGGAUGGGGUCCGGUUCCGAUUGUUUCCCUUCAGUCAGUCUGUGGGAUGUUCUGGUUCUGGUUCCGGUUCUGCUCCUCUGGUUCUGCUCCUCUUCAGGAUGGGAGCCGCUGGGUCCAAGAAGAGGAACCUGAGGACUGAUGCCUUCUGCUCCGCCAAAGUUCGAGCAGCCAGAGCAUUUGGAGAACAUCUGUCCAACACAAAUCCAGAAAACCACAACGGGGCAGAUCGUCUUUUGUCAGACUCAUUCGCUGGUCAGGACUGUGACUCUCCAGACGUCGGUGGCUUUCAGAACAAAACCCUUCCACCGCACAGACCGCACAAAAGUCUGGCCCUAACUAAGCCCAGCCGCCCCCAUCAGCCCAGUCCCAGGUCAAAUCCACAGGUGCUCCCUCAGGUCGACCCCAUCAGGACUCAAGGCCUUCCAGGGCCCUCAAAACGUCGACUCUCUGUAGAGCGAAGCCUCUCCUCAGAGGACCCACCAAGUGCCAGAGGUUCCCAGGGCAGCGUUGCUCUGAGGCCGUCUAGAGUUUACACAAUAACAAGGGAAGGCAGGAUGACUCUGGGGGGCGCUGGUCGCCAGGAGGCUGUAGAGCUGGAGGUGCUGAAGGGGCCCAGGGAGCCCCAGCCCUCCAACCCUGCCAUCCACACCCAGUCCUCAGCUGCGGCUAUUCGAGGUAGCCACCACCACAGCAGCCAUAGUCGCACUAGCCAUCACCAUAGCAACCAGCUACAAGGGGGCCCUUCAACAGCCUCCCAGCCACUACAGAGCUCCAGGAGUGCCAGCGACAUCGGCGACUGGUGGGUCAGGAGAGGAGGGUCCAGGGAGGACUACAGCCCAGACUGUGUGGCCUGCAUUCGGGCCCCAUGUCAAAGCCAGCGGUCCCUGGACCUGGACUCGUCCCCACAGGAUGGAGAAAAGCACCGAAAGAAGCUGGAGAGGGUCUACAGCGAGGACCGGACGUCCACUGACAACAAAGAUGACGGGUCUAAUAGCUGGUUCCCCAAGGAGAACAUGUUCAGCUUUCAGACGGCCACCACCACCAUGCAGGCCAUAUCGGCUUUCCGUGGCAUUGCUGAGCGAAAGAGGCGCAAAAGAGAGCAGGAGACAGCCGCCAUGAUGGAGAGGUACUGUGUUCUGGCUGUGCUGUGCUGUCUGGUGCUGAACGCGCUGCUCCUCCGUCCGUCAGGAUCCGCCCUGAUCCACAGAGCCAUCUUCAUUCCGCCUGCCUGCCCCCCACCUGCCUGCCACCCGCCCGCCUUUUGCCUGCCGCCACCCGCCUGCCGCCUGCCUUUUGCCAACCCGCCUGCUGCAUGGUGUCAUGUCUGGUUAUGUGCAGAGCUGCAGACCUCCUCAGGGACUCUGGAUGAAGGGUUGGGUGAGGAUGCUGAGUGGGAGGAGGAGAGGCUGUCCUGCCAAGGAGAGGAUUUCAUCCCGCCUAAAGUUAUGCUCAUCUCCUCUAAAGUACCGAAGGCCGAAUAUGUUCCCAACAUCAUCCGGAGGGACGAUCCCUCCAUCAUCCCUAUUCUAUACGACCAUGAACACGCCACCUUUGAUGACAUCCUGGAGGAGAUAGAGAAGAAGCUGAGUUCCUACAGGAAAGGCUGCAGAAUCUGGAACAUGCUGAUCUUCUGCCAGGUAACCGACAGCCAGCAGCCUGGAGACCAUCCUCCGUUACUUCAUGCUAAAACCAUUUCAUCCUCUAAGAACCUUUGGACCACAGGUACCUUAGAAAGCAAAGCCAAGCUGUUCUGGCGGCGUCUCAGCAGGCUGAUGAGCAAACUGAACCCGGAGCCUAACCUGAUCCACGUAAUGGGCUGCUAUGUGCUGGGAAGUGCUAAUGGAGAAAAGCUUAUUCAGACUUUGAAGAGGCUGAUGAGGCCUUCAAUUGUUGAAUUCAAGUCCCCGCUGGAGCUGUCGGCCCAGGGUAAAGAAAUGAUCGAGAUGUACUUCGACUUCCGCCUGUACCGCCUCUGGAAGAGCCGCCAGCACUCCAAGCUGCUGGACUACGACGACCUCAUCUGACCCCGCCGGCCCCCAUGAGGCUUUUCAGCCAGUUCUAACCGGUCUGAGCCUGCAGCUGCACGGCGGCGUGGUGUUGGCCAUCUUGAACGUCCAUCAGGACUCCGGCUCUGCAGCAGAGCGGCAGCGGCGAGCCAGGAGGUGUUUGUUUCUUUCUUGGACAGGCAGACGGUGGCCUCGUAGAGACGUCUGUAACCGUCAGCCAUUUUCAUUUCUGCCUCCCUCUGGAGGGGGGCGGGAGGAGAGGUCAGCCAUCGUCUUCGCCUGGAUGCGUCAGUGAUGCUGAUGGAGAACAGCAGCUUUGCUGUUUCAUUCUUUCAGAAGGACUCAGCUCUCUGAGGCUCCUAACCAUCAGAAGGAUUCCUUUCUUUUCUCAAAGGAAGCAGAAUUAGAUGUAAAUAAAGAGGAUUCUGAGUGACGGCGUCUUAGAAACAGCUUUCAUUUCUACUAAACCUUUAGAUUUGCAAACUAGAAAGUAUAGAUGUAUUUCAUGCAGACUGUUGUCUAAACUCAGGUGAAACCCUUCUGUAGGUCAGAGCUGAAGGCGUUUUUAAGCCCCGCCUCCUCAGAGGAACAUGGCUGCUCUGCAGGAUGUUCAGACUGACCAUUUAUUAUCACCUCAUAUGAAGCAGGUGCAGAAAAAAUUAGUUUGGAUAUUUUAGCAUUUUUCUAUUUAUUGUUCUAGAUUUAACUUGAAUGAAACGAAGUAGCAAUGAUUAGGAAAGGCAAUACUGUGUUUGAUGUUAGAGCUGUUAUUAAACCGUGUUAAUAGGAGCCUAGAUUACAAAGCUGCGUUCACACCAAACACAGCAGGAGCAGCAAAAACGCGUCUGCUGCUUUCUUUUUGAUGCCCGUACCAGUUUAUUUCAGACGCGCGGCUGAAGCAUCUUUGCUGUUCUGGCUGCGCCGUCAAAAAGUUGGUCUGACGUGCGGUGGGCGGAGCUACUCUAUCCUUUCUUUGCCCUGCAGCCAUAUUUGCUGUGACCAGUGGGAAUAAAGUCGUUCUAACAUGUUUUUAAGUG